AUGAAGGAAGAUGAGGAUUUGUUGUACAACUCUCCUUCUGAGAUGUCUGAUUAUUUAAGAAUUCCAACCUUUAAUGAUAAUUUUAAAGAAAUAAGUUCAGAAAGUUCUAAAAGUAUCGAACUUCCAAUUUCAAACUCUGGUGAUGUUUUAUCACCUGAGGAAGGCAGUAUAACCAGAUGUGCAAAUAUAUUUGAUAAAUUAGACGUUAUAGACUCUGAUGAUAAUGAUUUUACCAGUACAGUGUGUGACUCCCACAGUGAGUCAUCAAUUUCUAACUCCAGCACUUUGAUCAAUAAAUAUACUCAGUCAAAUUCUUAUGAUUAUAAAUACCACGAUAGUGAUAGGGAAAGUAAUAUUAGUUUAACCUUCUCAGACCGAGUUUUAAGGGAAAGACAACGAAUGAUUAAGAAGAAAAUAAUUUCUGAACCCUAUAGUACAUUUUAUAGUAGUUCCUCUUUUAGAAGCAGUGGACGUAAUAAGUUAAAAUCCAUAAAUAUUUAUGGUACUCCUAAGCCUAAAAAAUUCUCUUUACUGACUGAAGAAGAAUCUAAGAUUAAAUUAGAUGAAGAAGUUUUGGAAAGAUACAAGAGGAUAGAUGAUAUUCUCACUAUUCAGAGAGAUGACAUAACGGAUAUUAAGCUAAGUCUUGUAAAAUCCAAUAACAAUGCUAAAAAUGAAGCCCUGUUAGCUAUGCAAGAAAAUGAAAAACUAAUCGCCGAGAAUGAAAAUUUAUUAUCUAAGCAGGAAAAAUUAUCAUCUGAGCUUGAGGAACUGAAGACUGAAAAUGAACAGAAAUUAGAAAGGAUUAAAUCACUCCAAAUUAAGGUUGAGGAUCUGCAGUCUGACUUAAUAGUGGAAAGGAAACAAAAUGAACACCUUUUAAAGGAUAAAGUUGAUCUGCAAAACCGCCUAAAUCUCUUAACUAAAGAAAAUAAAUCUCUAGUGUCUUCUCAGGAGAUUAUGCAGAACAUGUACAAGAACGAGAUUGAGGAGUUGAAGGUUAAGAAGAAUGAGCUUUCUGGUAGAAUAUCUAAACUGGAGGCUGAUUUAGACUACUUUAGAGACAAUUUGCAGGAAUCCCACAAGAUGAACGAGAUUCUAAAGAGUGAAAUAGCUACAAUGAAAGAGUUGUAUAAAAAUGAAAGCGCUUCUCUACAAAAACUUAAGAUUGAAAAUAAGAGACUAAUGGAAAAUAACUCUGUAUAUAAAUCACAAAAUUACUCAUUGAUUGAGAUUAAUGACAGGUUAAGGAACAGAACAAUUUUCCGUAGUCAUAGUGGAGAAGCCACGACUACUAACACAAGCACUGCAACAAAUGCCAACUUUACAGACACAAAUUCUCGUCUUAGUUUCGAUUCUGAUUCUGGUUUAUUCAGCCCUAACACUGGUGAUACUAAAAAUUCACCUACAAAUUCAGUCUCAACUGUAACUCAGCCUUCCAGUUAUUUGACUAAACUAGCUCCAAAAUCCCAUUUAAACAAGGAUAUUGAAGAGGGCUUUCCUUUCUACCAACUUUCAGAAACUUUUAACCUAAAUCACUCUGAUCCGAAUUCUCCAAAUUCUUUGGAUAGCAUAUUAACUAAUCAUGACACUAUUAUAUCAAAUCCUAAUAGUGUAGACUUAAUUUUAACUCCAAAUGGUCAAGAUUCAAUUGACCGUUUAGCAUCUGUAAACGAUGUUUUAGUUGUAAAUUCGCAAUCAAAUUAUACCAUAAGCGACGCCAUAACUCAAGUGAAUUUAAGUGAUGUUAACCCCAAUGAUUCUUCAACUUUGAGGAACGAAACUAAUUUUAAUCCUACUACUAAAUGGGUUACUGACCGUGUUUCCAGAACCUCAAGUUUAGAGGCUCUUGAAAAUCUCAGGGAAAAAAUAAAGAACAUAACCACCGAUUCUGGCAUACAAAACGUGAAUAUAAACUCUACCUUUAAGUGUUUUCAAAACAACGUCACCAUUAACCUGAUCCAGAACAAACUCCAGCUAAUAUCUCAGAGACUCAACGAAACCAUAGUUUAAAAUCGCUCAUUUAAUAUAAACUAC